AUGGAAACGUCACUUUGCCCGCGCAAUGGCAAAAAGACAAACAGAUCGGCCGAGCUCGAGCAGCUCUUUCGAAGAGGAGAGCAGAAAUCAAAGCUAAUUCAGGAACAAAUACUCGAAUUGAGCAAACAGCUCGACGAGACGUUACAUCCGUCUGCGGAAAUAAAAAAACGAACGAGUCGAAAACGAACAAAUCCGCUGCCAAUCAACCCACGACUGCAAAAGAUUCCGCGAAUCGCGGCUGAUGAGAAUUUUGGAUAUGGAUAUCAGCCUAUCCCAGAUGAGGACAGGAUAGCCGAAGUGCAGAAUAAGUUUUGCCUGGAUACGGUCUCCUUGUUUGCCAAGAUGAACGGCGGCAAUCGUCAGCGAAAGCCGCUAGAGAAGACGCCAGAGCCAAGGCCAAGUGCCGCCGAGCUCUAUGGAGAACAUUCACAACGAAUUCGAGCAAUGGAGACGGCGCUGGACAUCCAAUUCGAAUUUUUGAUGGAGCGUCGCAAACCGGUCAGAUGGCCGAAAAGGCCCACAUCGGGGGCGCAACGAUUU